AGAGAGUAGAGCAGAGAAAGCACGCCGCUCUGAGUCACACAACAGACACGUCGUGGACUCCUCGUGGCUGAGGCCGGCCUGAGCAUCAGAGCGACCGGCACAUGAGACUGACGACAGAGGGGGCGAGACGGGAAGCUUUGUGCGGCAGACAGAAGAGGAACCAGCUCAGCCAGCGAUGUCAGGGCUGAAGAAGAGAAACUCCAACUCGUCCGUGGACAGGGAGGAGGAUAAGCAGGUCACUGAGAGGAUGCUGUCCCCGGGUAGCGGCGGUGAUAGGGGGGGCUUCGGUCAGGAUGGAGGACCGGGAAGCGACCUCAGCAGCCCCGGCAACGUCACAACAGGAGACGGAGCGGAGGAAGGGGUCGCCCUGAAGAGGACCAUCACGCUGUUGAACGGCGUGGCCAUCAUCGUGGGCACCAUCAUCGGCUCGGGUAUCUUUGUCACGCCGACAGGCGUAGUGAGGGAGGCUGGCUCUGUGGGUCUGUCCCUCAUAGUGUGGGCGGUGUGCGGGGUCUUCUCAACAGUGGGCGCCCUCUGCUACGCGGAGCUGGGGACCACCAUCACCAAGUCCGGCGGCGACUAUGCCUACAUCUUGGAAGUGUACGGCUCCCUGCCGGCAUUCCUCAAACUCUGGAUCGAGCUGCUUAUCAUCCGGCCGUCCUCCCAGUAUAUCGUCGCCUACGUCUUCGCCACCUACCUCCUGAAGCCGCUGUUCCCCGUGUGCUUGGUGCCGGAGACGGGGGCCAAGCUAGUGGCCUGCCUCUGCAUCAUGUUGUUAACCUUUGUGAACUGCUACAGCGUGAAGGCGGCCACCAGAGUGCAGGACUUCUUCGCGGCAGCCAAGCUUCUAGCGCUCGCGCUCAUCAUCAUCAUCGGAUUUGUCAAGAUUGGACAAGGUGAUACAGCCGGACUUCUUCCAGAGAAUUCCUUCAAGGGGUCCAAAUAUGAGUUUGGAAGUAUUGGCCUGGCACUCUACAGUGGCCUGUUUGCUUACGGUGGCUGGAACUACUUGAAUUUUGUUACAGAGGAGAUGAUUGAACCUUACAAAAACCUUCCUCGAGCCAUCAUCAUCUCCCUGCCGAUAGUGACAGCAGUGUAUGUCCUAACAAACUUGGCCUAUUUCACCACACUCUCCCCCGAUCAGAUGCUUAACUCAGAGGCUGUGGCUGUGGAUUUUGGUAACUACCACCUGGGUCCCAUGGCGUGGAUCAUCCCGGUGUUUGUAGGCCUGUCCUGCUUUGGAUCAGUCAACGGCUCACUGUUCACAUCAUCCAGGUUAUUCUUUGUGGGUUCUCGGGAGGGUCACCUGCCCAGUCUGCUGUCAAUGAUCCACCCCACUCUGCUGACCCCACUCCCCUCACUUAUAUUCACUUGUUUAAUGACGCUGCUCUACGCCUUCUCCAACGACAUCUUCUCCGUCAUAAACUUCUUCAGCUUCUUCAACUGGCUCUGCAUCGCCAUGGCAAUCAUAGGAAUGAUGUGGCUCCGCUAUAAGAAGCCUGAGCUGGAUCGACCAAUAAAGGUGAACAUUCUGCUACCAGUGAGCUUUGUGUUAGCCUGCCUCUUCCUUAUCAUCGUCUCCUUCUGGAAGACUCCAGUCGAGUGCGCCAUCGGCUUUGGGAUCAUCGGCACUGGACUGCCCGUCUAUUUUAUUGGUGUGUGGUGGCAGACUAAACCCAAGUGGCUGCGAAAUGGAAUCCACUCGACCACAGCUCUGUGUCAGAAGUUCAUGGAAGUUGUGCCUCAGCAGUCCUAAAAACCAAGUUGCCCUUUUACUUCAGCCAAAAGGCCAAGACGAUUGGGCUAAGAUAUCAUAACUGAUGAUGUUUGAACUCCGUUAAUGCUUUUCUCACACACACACUCUCUCUCUCUCUCACACGCACACACACCUCAUUUGAACUUGAUGAAGACAUCUGAAGUUAAACAGCCAUCAUCAUUCUUUGGGGUUAUUUGACCCUUUUAGUGUCAAUAAUUUGUAGUUUCUUUUUUUCUUUUCUUUUUAUAAAACAAGAACUGGUUUUUUUUUUUAUUUUUUUUUUUACAUUUUCACUAAUUGUUCUGUGAAUACGUCUAAUCUGCUGUCACCAGAAACCUGUUGUAUUUAGCGGUGCCUUUACGUUGCAGAUGAAGGUGAGCGUAGGUGGGCGAUGAUGCAGAACCAGCUGUCAAAAUAAACAAAAAACAAGCAAACACAACAACAACUUUUCCCUUCAGGAAGUUGUUGCUGGAUAUCACUACACACUCUGUUUUGCUCCUGCAGCAGUCUUUACAAUUUCAGUGUUGUGUUGUUGUCUGUGCUGCUGUGCUUUUGACAGUAAGCAUCUGUCUGCCUCUCAGUGUUGGUUAUUUGACCUGCAUGUUGUGCGUCUGUGCACAAAGCUGAACAGAGGCUGUGCUUUUUUUUUUUUUUUUCCUUUUUUGAAAUAUUUAAAGACGAUCAAAGUGCUGACGUCCUCUCACAUGUAGGCCUGCUGCUGUGGUUUUAUAUCGGGUAAACGGGCAGUAAAUUAAACCUAAUGUAUGUUUCGUUUGUCUGGCUAACCAAAGCCCGACUUAAAUUUAUCUCCGAGUAUAAAAAAUGUGCAGUCUACUGAUUCCUCAUAGGACUUCUGUGUCUGAAGUGUCUUUUAAAUCCUCAUGUGGUUAAGCUUGACAGAAGUGCCCAUGGGAAAUAGUAUUUUCUGUAAAGUGGGUCAAAAUGUGCAACCUUUCUGCUGUUCUUUUUGUGUUUUUUAUUUUUUUUUAGGGCGGGGGUGGGGUUGUCACUGAUGUCAGUGAUCAAUAUGUUGGAUAACUGAGCCUGGCUCCCAGAGUGCUGCUUUUACUCCAUUGCACUGAAAGUGUUUGAGGCAAUGUUUCCAACUACAUGCUGCAGUAAAGCCAUGUAACACUCACAGCACGAGGCUAGAAUGGAAAGACAGAAACAAUGCAGUUUUGGUCUGUGUGUGUGUGUGUGUGUGUGUGUGUGUGUGUGUGUGUGUGUGUGUGUGUGUGUGUGUGUGUGUGUGUGUGUGUGUUAAGCUUAAAUGCUCCCCUCCAAAUUAUUCCAUGCAGUCCUGCUCCAUUUUUGUAUUUUGGGACCGUUAAAGUGAAGUGACACAGGAGUUUCUGCCUAGUUAUACCCAGACUGUCAGAGAGGAAGUUUGAUGUUUUUAUUUUUAUAAUGGGUUCGUUGAGAGAUGCAGCACGUUUUCACAUCACAAUAUAACUGGUAGUUUUUCAUUUUUCAUCCUCGUCUUUUGUUUGUAUUUCAUGCACAGUAAAAGUUACAAACAGAAAACUAGAGCUGCAUUAUUAGUGUCCACCCCGCUCCUCCUGGAAAAAGGACCAAAAGUACAGGUUACCAUGGCAGCGGUGGAUCCAGGAGGAGUGAUGUGUAUGUUAUAGAGUUAGAGCCUUCUAACACUCCAGCCAUCGCUCAGAGCUGAUGGAGAAACUAACAUAAAUGCGACUGUAGGAACUUUAUUUAUUUGUAGCAAACUUUUGAUGUGUAUUAUUAGUCGCUCUAAUUUGUUUACAGGGCAUUUUGUGAAAAGUGCUUGUCAAAUAAAUCUUGAGGUUUUUUUCCA